AAUGAUUAAUUAACAAAUAAAUAUAAAUUAAAAAAUUUUUAUGUUAUAGUAACAGAUUGCGUUGGUGGCUAUUGGCCAAGCGUUUUCUUCUGACUUUAGUGGUCCUUGAUUCUCUUUUACAAACAACCACAUAGGUAAUAGCAUGAAGAAUUUCAAAAAGUUGUAUUGUUUUAACUAAAAGUUGUGUCUUUUUAAUAUUUGAAACUACAAUAAAUUUCAUUCAUGAAGACGAGUAAGGAAUAAGAAAGAAAAAUUAAAUGGAGUCUUCAACAAGCAUUAUCUUCCUCUUUUCUCUAACCCUUUGCCUCGCCCUACAGCCUCUUGUAAUCGUUGCUGUUGAAACCCAAAACACCACCCAAAAUGGUGCGCAACAGGGCAGUUUACUAGAGAAGGUUUGCAAGCAAUCAACAGACGAGGAGCUGUGUUUCUCGAGCUUUAAGAAACACCCUGAGAGCUCUAAAACUCAUGACCUAACGAGCCUUGGAAUGAUUGCGCUGAAUAUCACGUCUUCCAAUGCCUCCAGUAUCUUGGAGUACAUCGAGUUUUUACAAAAGGAAUCGGGAUUAGGUCCUGUGGUAGAGCAGAGGCUCGAUGAUUGCACCAACAAUUACAUGGACGCAACUGAGCAGCUUGAUGACUCCGUUGCUGGUUUAAUGGCAAAUUCAUAUAAAGAUGUGCGUGUUUGGGUGCAGGUAGCAAUUACUGAUGCAUGGACAUGCGAAAACGGGUACACAAAAUCUUCCGGAAAGUCGUCGUGGGUGUUAACUCAUUACAACAACGUCUUCCGCAAAUUAUGUCAUAAUGCUUUGCUAAUCAUUAAACUUUUGGAGGAAAAGUGAUCAUCUUAUGUCUGCCUCCACCGUUCAUUAAUUGUAAAUUCUAUAGCUCAAUCUUUGUUCUAUAUCAUAUUUCUAUUAUAAUUAUUAUUAUUAUGAAGUUUAUCAAUA